UUGAAUAAUGAUGCUUCGGCGUGUAUGUAUGUAUGUGCAACACAGUUCUAAAUCCACCAAACAAUUCCACAAGUCCAUGUAUAGCAAUGGAUAUACUUUGUAGACCAGUUUCUCAUCUAGAAUAAAAUAAAUCAUUGUUUUCGGGUGUAGCGUAAAGUCGACCUCGCUUAGUGAGUUUUGUAACGUCGACGUUGGUGGAUGUGUAUCACGAAUUCAUGAGAACAAAGCUCCCUUGUGUGGCCGAAGGAUAUAUAUUUACCACCUAAUUCAAACAUGAAUCGCGUGGACUUAAAAAUUGUGUUACUGGGUAACGCAACAGUGGGAAAGACGAGUCUAAUGGAACGAUAUGUACACGACACAUUUAAUGACAGUCGGCCUUAUCAAAACAUGGAAGGGAGAGAUCAUAUACAAAUUAAUGCAGUUAAAAUUAUGCUGCAGACAAUAGGCACUGUGUUUGCAGCGAAGCGAGUGCAAGUGAACGAUGUGUCACUUGUCAUGGGAAUAUGGGACACAGCUGGCAGUGAAAAAUAUGAUGCGAUGACUAGAACGUAUUAUCGUGGGGCAAAGGCUGCUAUAGUGUGUUACGACAUUACCAAGUCAAAUACAUUCCAAAAGGCGAAGUACUGGGUGAGGGAGCUCAGAAGCAUCGAGGAGAACUGUAAAGUGUACCUUUGUGCCACGAAAAAAGACUUGUGUGACGCAGGCCUUGCAUCGGACAAUCCAGAUCUACAUAAUGCUGUAGAAAGAUAUGCAAAUGGCACGCAGACCAAACUUUUUGUAACAUCUAGUAAGACGGGAGAGAAUGUAGUUGAGUUGUUCGAUGAAAUUAUACAAGAUUUCGUGUCCAAUCCAGAGAAUUUGCAACAAGCGGAAGAGAAACUUGUUUUAAGUAGAAAAUCCGAGAGAAGGUAUUGCUGUGCACUGAGUUAAUAGAAUCAGUAUUAAUACUUGCCAUUGAUAUUCUUACAAGCUUAUUUUUUUACCAGAUAAUUUCUGUUAGAUAAUUACAACGUUAUAAUACGUAAAAUAGUAUUUUUAAUGUAUUACUGAAGACCAAUGUGAUAUUGUUUUGCUCAGUAACUUUCAAUAGUUUAAAAUUUUGUAUUUGCGAUAUUAUUAGCACAACAUGAUGCAAAUUUGUAAAACUGGAUUAGAACUUUCAGCAAAGAGUAAAUUUCUAAAAAGAUAUACGAUAGGAUAUGUAUACAAGUUUUCAUAAUCACAGCUUUGCGCAAUAUAUUAUUGAGAAAUAUUCUCAAAUAUAUGAUUCUUAAUUAUUCAGAGUUUAAAGCUGAUAUUGCGUAGGCGAAUGAUAUUUGUUCAUAUAUAUUAUUACAAUUGUGAUCGUUGCGAUGUUAUCGCAUUCUUAAAUAUAUAUGGAAAAGCA